UGGUGGGCGGCUUCGGCGCCGAGAGUUGGGACCACGCUUCUCCGCGCGGAGGGAAACUCUGGCGGCGCCGCCUGUAACGCGAUUGGGAGACAGAGGAGGUGGAGCUGCUCCUCCGCGCCCCCUCCUCGUCGCCGCCGCCGCGCCGGGGACCGACCGGCCCCUUCCCCGCCCUCCCGGGGCCACGGGUGGGGUCCUCGCCCCGCGACCUGGUCGGGGAGGGGGGAGGGCCGCGGCGCCCCCUUGAGAGUAACAGCCUUUGCAGGUGCGCUCGCGGGACUGACAAAGGCGGACCCCGAGCCUCCAGGCUUGAGGGCGCGUCCCGCUCCACACUUCGGGUGCGUGAUGGUGAGCACCGCGGGGCAUCUUGGAAUCCCGCCGGCGGUGGCUCUCCCACCCGCGGCAACACACGGCGGACAGGGUGGGCAGUGCGCACGGCCGCACCGUCAAUGAAUGGAGCAGGGGGCGGAGAGGGAGUCCUGUUCCCACGGACCCCCAGGUGACUCCUGCUCAGGUCAUGCUGUUGUCUCCUGAUCCAGCCGGCCCUGCCAGGUGACCAUGCCUGCCCUCGGCCUGGCUCUUCUCCAGGCACUCUGGGCCGGGUGGGUGCUCGCCCUCCAGCCGCCUCCACCAGCUGCUUUCACUCCCAACGGCACAAAUCUACAGCAUCUGGCAAGGGACCCCACCUCCGGCACCCUCUACCUAGGCGCCACCAACUUCCUGUUCCAACUGAGCCCUGGGCUGCAGCUGGAGGCCGAGGUGUCCACUGGGCCCGUGCUAGACAGCAGGGACUGCCUGCCUCCCGUGAUGCCCGAUGAGUGUCCCCAGGCCCAGUCUACGAACAACCCAAACCAGCUGCUCCUGGUGAGCCCUGGGGCCCUGGUGGCGUGCGGGAGCGUGCACCAGGGGGUCUGCGAGCAGCGGCGCCUGGGGCAGCUCCAGCAGUUGCUGCUGAGGCCGGAGCGGCCUGGGGACACCCAGUAUGUGGCUGCCAAUGACCCCGCCGUCAGCACUGUGGGGCUGGUGGCCCAGGGCUUGGCCGGGGAGCCCCUCCUGUUUGUGGGGCGAGGAUAUACCAGCAAGGGUGUGGGGGGCGGCAUCCCCCCCAUCACAACCCGGGCUCUGCAGCCCCCAGACCCCCAAGUCGCCUUCUCCUACGAGGAGACGGCCAAGCUGGCAGUGGGCCGCCUCUCCGAGUACAGCCACCACUUUGUGAGUGCCUUCGCGCGUGGGGACAGCGCCUACUUCCUGUUUUUGCGGCGGGACCUGCAGGCUCAGUCUAGAGCCUUCCGUGCCUAUGUGUCUCGCGUGUGCCUCCGGGACCAGCACUACUACUCCUAUGUGGAGCUGCCUCUGGCCUGCCAGGGCGGCCGCUACGGGCUGAUCCAGGCUGCAGCCGUGGCUGCGUCUGGCGCCGAGUCCGGUGGGGAGGUGCUCUUUGCCGCCUUCUCCUCGGCUGCUCCCCCGGCUGUGGGCCGGCCCCCAUCAGCAGCUGCCGGGGCUGCGGGAGCCUCUGCCCUGUGUGCCUUCCCCCUGGACGAGGUGGACCGGCUUGCCAACCACACGCGUGACGCCUGCUACACCCGGGAGGGCCGUGCUGAGGACGGGAGCCAGGUGGCCUACAUCGAAUACGACGUCAACUCCGACUGCGCGCAGCUGCCCGUGGACACACUGGAUGCUUAUCCUUGUGGCUCAGACCACACACCUAGCCCCAUGGCCAGCCGUGUCCCGCUGGAAGCCACACCAGUUCUGGAGUUGCCGGGAGUUCAGCUCACAGCUGUGGCAGUCACCAUGGAGGAUGGACACACCAUCGCUUUCCUGGGUGACAGUCAAGGGCAACUGCAUAGGGUCUACUUGGGCCCCGGGAGCGAUGGGCAGCCAUACUUGACACAGAGCGUCCAGCAGGGGUCUGCAGUGAGCAGAGACCUCAUCUUUGAUGGGACUUUUGAGCACCUGUAUGUCAUGACCCAGAGCACACUUCUGAAGGUUCCUGUGGCGUCUUGCGCUCAGCACCUGGACUGUGCGUCUUGCCUGGCGCAGAGGGACCCAUACUGUGGGUGGUGUGUGCUCCUUGGCAGGUGCAGUCGCCGUUCUGAGUGCUCCAGGGGCCAAGGCCCAGAGCAGUGGCUCUGGAGCUUCCAGCCUGAACCAGGCUGUCUGCGAGUGACAGCCAUGAGUCCUGCCAACAUCAGCCGAGACGAGAAGAGGGAGAUUUUCCUGACGGUGCCAGACCUGCCACCCCUGUGGCCUGGGGAGUCGUAUUCCUGCCACUUUGGGGAACAUCAGAGUCCCGCCCUGCUGACUGGCUCUGGUGUGAUGUGCCCCUCCCCGGACCCUAGUGAGGCCCCGGUGCUGCAGCGUGGAGCUGACCACGUCUCGGUGAGCGUGGAGCUCAGGUUUGGCGCUGUCGUCAUCGUCAGAGCGUCCCUCUCCUUCUAUGACUGUGUGGCAGUCACGGAGCUCCGCCCCUCCGCACAGUGCCAGGCCUGCGUGAGCAGCCGCUGGGGGUGCAACUGGUGCGUGUGGCAGCACCUGUGCACACACAAGGCCUCCUGUGAUGCCGGGCCGAUGGUGGUGAGCCAGCAGAGCCCGCUUCUCUCCCUAGCCCCUCCUGCAAGAGAUGUGCCCGGCCCCUUCCCACCCACAGCCCCCAGAGCCUCGGUCAGCCCUGCUCCCGAGCCCCUUCCGGUGGAGCCGGGGGCUUCCUCCACAGCCGCAGCCUGGGAUGCCCCCUCUGAGGCCGGGCCUCCCCUGCUCAGCCCCUGGCCAGGCCCCAGCCCCGUGCCCUCCCCGGCCUUCACAGAGCCACCUCUCCACGAGCAGCCCCCCUCUCCCACAUCCCCCCCCAGACCUGCAUCCACUGCCCCUGCCCCCGCUGACUUGGGACCUAAGGCCACACCUGAGGACCCCUCGGCCUCCGUCCCGUCACCCUCAGAGGUGCCCCCUGCCGACCCCAGCCCUGAGGCCCCUCCCUCUGCGGUGCCCCUGGACCAGCCCCCUGGCACUGCUCCUGCCACCACUUUCCCAGGGGCCGCUGGCUCCCCGAAGCCCACCCCGGACUGGCUCAUGAGAGAAGGCGGCGAGCUGCCCGAGGCGGACGAGUGGACGGGGGGUGACGCGCCCGCCUUCUCCACUUCCACCCUCCUCUCAGGUGAUGGAGACUCAGCAGAGCACGAGGGCCCUCCCGCCCCCCUCAUCCUCCUGUCCAGCCUCGACUACCAGUACGACACCCCCGGGCUCUGGGAGCUGGAAGAGGGGAGCUGGGGGGCAGGCUCCUGCCCGUGCGUGGAGAGCGUCCAGGGCUCCACCUUGAUGCCGGUGCACGUGGCGCGGGAAGUCCGCCUGCUGGGCAGAAACCUGCGCCUCUUCCAGGACAGCCCGGGAGACAAUGAGUGCGUGAUGGAGCUGGAGGGCUUCGAGGUGGUGGUGGCGGCCCGGGUUGAGUGUGAGCCUCCUCCAGACACCUGGUGCCACGUCACGUGCCAGCAGCACCAGCUCAGCUACGAGUCUGCACUGCCGGAGCUCCACGUGGGGCUGUUUCUGCGCCGGGCGGGCCGACUGCGAGUGGACAGGGCUGAAGGGCUACACGUCGUUCUAUACAACUGCUCCGUGGGCCGUGGGGACUGCAGCCGCUGCCAGACCGCCCUGCCCCAGUACGGCUGUGUGUGGUGUGAGGGGGAGCACCCACGGUGCGUGGCCCGGGAGGCGUGCGGUGAGGCUGAGGCCGUGGCCACCCAGUGCCCUGCGCCUCUCAUCCGUUCGGUGGAGCCACUGACCGGGCCUGUGGACGGGGGCACCCGGGUCACCAUCAGGGGCUCCAACCUGGGCCAGCAGGUGCAGGACGUCCUGCACACAGUCAGCGUGGCCGGGGUGCCCUGUGCUGUGGACGCCCAGCAGUACGAGGUCUCCAGCAGCCUCGUGUGCGUCACUGGGGCCAGUGGGGAGGAGGUGACCGGCCCAGCCACAGUGGAGGUGCAGGGAAGAGGACGCGGUGUCUCCGACGUUGCCUUUGCCUACCAGGACCCGCAGGUGCGUUCCAUCUUCCCCACCCAUGGGCCCAGAGCCGGGGGCACCCGCCUCACCCUGCGCGGCUCCAACCUUCUGACCGGGCGGCUGGAGGACAUCCAAGUGGUGGUUGGAGAGCAGCCGUGUCACCUGCUGCUGGAGCAGCAGUCGGAGCAGCUGCAGUGCGAGACCAGCCCACACCCGGUGCCUGCCACUCUCUCCGUGGCGGUGUGGUUUGGGGCCACAGAGCGGAAGCUUCAACAAGGCCAGUUCAAGUACACGUCGGAUCCCAAUGUCACCUCUGCUGGCCCUACCAAGAGCUUCCUCAGUGGCGGCCGUGAGAUCUGGGUCCGUGGCCAGAACCUGGAUGUGGUGCAGACGCCAAGAAUCCGAGUCACAGUGGCCCCCGGAGCGCUGCGGCCCAGCCCCGGGCAGGGACGGCGGCGCCGUGUGGUCUCCGAGACGCCAUGUGCCCCUGGAGCUUCCUGUGGCGGUCAUCGCUUCGAGGAGCCCUGCAGCGUGAACUCCUCCCAGCUCAUCGUGUGCCGCACACCCGCCCUCCCGGGCCUGCCCGAGGACCGCCGGGUCCGGGUGGAGUUCAUUCUUGACAACCUGGUGUUCGAUUUUGCAACACUGAACCCCUCGCCCUUCUCCUACGAGGCCGACCCCACCCUGCGGCCCCUCAACCCCGAGGAUCCCACCGCACCCUUCCGGCACAAGCCCGGGAGUGUGUUCUCCGUGGAGGGGGAGAAUCUGGACCUUGCGAUAUCCAAGGAGGAGGUGGUGGCCAUGAUAGGGGACGGCCCCUGCGUGGUGAAGACCUUGACCCGGUACCACCUGUACUGCGAGCCCCCCGUGGAGCAGCCCCUGCCACGGCACCUCGCCCUCCGAGAGGCGCCCGAUGCGUUGCCCGAGUUCACAGUGCAGAUGGGGAACCUGCGCUUCUCCUUGGGCCACGUGCAGUAUGACGGCGAGAGCCCCGUGGCGUUCCCUGUGGCAGCCCAAGUGGGCUUAGGAGUGGGCACCUCACUUCUGGCCCUGGGCGUCAUCAUCAUCGUCCUUAUGUACAGGAGGAAGAGCAAGCAGGCCCUGAGGGAUUAUAAGAAAGUCCAGAUCCAGCUGGAGAACCUGGAGAGCAGCGUGCGUGACCGCUGCAAGAAGGAGUUCACUGACCUCAUGACCGAGAUGACGGAUCUCACGAGCGACCUCCUGGGCAGCGGCAUCCCCUUCCUGGACUACAGGGUCUACGCCGAGAGGGUCUUCUUCCCCGGCCACCGGGAGUCGCCCUUGCACCGGGACCUGGGCGUGCCCGAGAGCAGGCGGCCCACGGUGGAGCAAGGGCUGGGGCAGCUCUCCAACCUGCUCAACAGCAAGCUCUUCCUCACCAAGUUCAUCCACACGCUGGAGAGCCAGCGCACCUUCUCGGCCCGGGACCGCGCCUACGUGGCCUCCCUUCUUACCGUGGCGCUGCACGGCAAGCUCGAGUACUUCACCGACAUCCUGCGCACCCUGCUCAGCGACCUGGUGGCCCAGUAUGUGGCCAAGAACCCGAAGCUGAUGUUGCGCAGGACAGAGACCGUGGUGGAGAAAUUGCUCACCAACUGGAUGUCCAUCUGUCUGUACACCUUCGUGAGGGACGCGGUGGGGGAGCCCCUGUACAUGCUCUUCCGGGGGAUUAAGCAUCAAGUAGACAAGGGACCGGUGGACAGCGUGACGGGCAAAGCCAAGUACACCCUGAAUGACAACCGCCUGCUCAGAGAGGACGUGGAGUACCGGCCCCUGACCCUGAAUGCUCUGUUGGCUGUGGGGCCUGGCACCGGGGAGGCCCAGGGUGUGCCUGUGAAGGUCCUGGACUGUGACACCAUCUCCCAGGCGAAGGAGAAGAUCCUGGACCAGCUGUACAAAGGAGUGCCCCUCACCCAGCGGCCAGACCCUCGGACCCUGGAUGUUGAGUGGCGGUCUGGGGUGGCCGGGCACCUCAUUCUUUCAGACGAGGAUGUCACUUCCGAGGCCCAGGGUCUGUGGAGGCGUCUGAACACCUUGCAGCAUUACAAGGUCCCGGAUGGAGCAACCGUGGCCCUCGUCCCCUGCCUGACCAAGCACAUUCUCCGGGAAAACCAGGACUAUGUUCCGGGAGAGCGGACCCCAAUGCUGGAGGAUGUAGAUGAGGGGGGCGUCCGGCCCUGGCACCUGGUGAAGCCAAGUGAGGAGCCGGAGCCGCCCAGGCCUCGGAGGGGCAGCCUGCGAGGUGGGGAGCGUGAACGAGCCAAGGCCAUCCCCGAGAUCUACCUGACCCGGCUGCUGUCCAUGAAGGGCACCCUGCAGAAGUUCGUGGACGACCUGUUCCAGGUGAUCCUCAGCACCAGCCGGCCCGUGCCCCUGGCCGUGAAGUACUUCUUUGACCUGCUGGACGAGCAGGCCCAGCAGCACGGCAUCUCCGACCAGGACACCGUGCACAUCUGGAAGACCAACAGCCUGCCCCUCAGGUUCUGGAUCAAUAUCAUCAAAAACCCGCAGUUUGUGUUCGACGUGCAGACGUCUGACAACAUGGACGCGGUGCUGCUCGUCAUCGCGCAGACCUUCAUGGACGCCUGCACCCUGGCUGACCACAAGCUGGGCCGGGACUCCCCCAUCAACAAGCUGCUGUAUGCUCGGGAUAUUCCCCGCUACAAGCGGAUGGUGGAGAGGUACUAUGCAGACAUCAGACAGGCCGUCCCAGCCAGUGACCAAGAGAUGAACUCUCUCCUGGCCGAGCUGUCCCGGAACUACUCCGGAGACCUUGGGGCACGGGUGGCCCUGCAUGAACUCUACAAGUAUAUCAACAAGUACUACGACCAGAUCAUCACCGCCCUGGAGGAAGACGGCACGGCCCAGAAGAUGCAGCUGGGCUAUCGGCUCCAGCAGAUCGCGGCUGCCGUGGAGAACAAGGUCACGGAUCUCUAGGCCCCGGGGGUCCUGGCCUGCUGUUGCCUGUGCCCGCCCGGGCCACUCUGGAACCUCGAGGGAGAGAGAGACCCCUUCUUAGAUGCCUGUAGUGACGGACGAGCAGAGUUAGCGGAAGGCGGCUCCAGGUCUCGGCCCUGCUGGACCGGCCUCGAGUGGCCCUGUGGGCCACCUCCUGCGUGACGCCAGCCUGCAGGGCGCUGGGACUAGAGGCGUGUAGACAGUGGAAAGGCCUCCGGGCCCGGGGAGGCAGUACUGCUCCCGAGCCCUGGGCCCCGCCCCGUGGGGAAUCAGAGAGGAUGGACGAGGGCCUGCCCACUUCCUGUCCUCCUCCGUCAUCCCUCAUCCUUGACCUCAGUUUCGCUGCCUCCGGCCUUGAUGCUGCUGCCACUUCCUAGGUCCGAGAGAUGAUUGCUUGUCUGAGGCCGCGGCAGACUGACCCUUGGCGGGGCUGGCUGUCCCAGGGCCACGCUGCCUCAGGCCAGCCAGUGUGCACAGCAUCUGCUGCAGGGGAGCCUUGGGGGGGGGGGGCGGCCCCACUGACCCAGCUCUUCAUUAAAGCAUAACACACUG